AAAAGAAAAUAAUCCCAUCGAUCUUUAGUUUUGUUCCCACUGAAGAAGAGCAAAGAUGAAUUUCCUUACUUUAUUCUUUUUAAUUCAACUCGGCACGAUUUCUAUUCAGGCUAAUGAUCAAAGAUCGCGUCGUGUCAAAAGACUAGUGAAUGGAUGCGAGGCAAAUCCCCUUUCAAUUCCAUACCAAGUUGGUUUAAGAACUCGUUUCGAUACCGAUUAUAUUAUUGAUUGCGCAGGAGCUUUAAUUUCGCGAAAUUUUGUUUUAACUGCAGCUCGUUGCACUCAAGGUGUGUCUUCGAUGUAUCUGUAUUUUGGUAUUCAUAAUUUUGACACGGAUCCUUACACCAUGAUGAGUCCAAAAUACAUUUUCGAACACGCAGACUACAACGCAGAAACAUUAGAAAACGACAUCGCAUUAAUUGAACUUCCACACUCGGUACCGUUAAAUGAUAAAAUAAACAUAAUUCCGUUACCAUUUUUGUGUGCGAUGUUCGAUUCUUACACAAACAAAAUUGGUACAAUCUCGGGCUGGGGUAAAACAUCAGAUCGUUCACAAUAUCAACCAAAACAAUUAAGAAGCGCUAUAACCAAAAUUAUCGACAAUGUUGAGUGCUCAAAUUAUUUUAAUUUUGGUUUUGAUAUUCGGAAUACCAAUAUUUGCACUGAUGGCAAAGAUGGUUUCGGAUCGAUUUGUCAUGGCGAUGUCGGCGCUCCUCUUGUUAUCGAUGGAGUUUUAGUUGGUAUUGCCUCAUUUAUACAUCAAAAUGGAUGCGAUUCCAAAACUCCGUCUGUUUAUACUAGAGUUAGCCAUUAUGUGUCUUGGAUUGACGACACGAUUAGGAAUGCAUCUUUUCCUGUUAAUCACAUGUAUAUUCAUUAAAAAUUUUGGUUACAUUAAGAAUAUGUGUUCAAUAAUAAGUUCAUUAAUGUAUGUAUACAUAAUAAAUAAAUAAUUAUCAACAU